CUCGGGUCCCGGGCUCCGGCCCCGCGGAGGCGGAGCUCCGGGGCAGGCCGGGAACGGGGCGGCGUCGCCGGCUGCAGAAAAGGAAACGCGCCGCCGCUGCCUCUCUUCCGGAGCCCCAGCAUGGGACCCCUGCCGCGGACCCUGGAGCUCUUCUACGAUGUGCUGUCCCCCUACUCCUGGCUGGGCUUCGAGAUCCUGUGUCGCUAUAAGAACAUCUGGAAUGUCAACCUGCAGCUGCGCCCUACCCUCAUCGCUGGCGUCAUGCAGGACAGCGGGAACAAGCCACCUGCCAUGCUGCCCCGCAGAGGGAAAUAUUUGCUAAAUGACGUGAAACUCCAGGGCCAGCAUUUCCAAGUGCCCCUCAAUGUCCCCAAGGAUUUCAUGUCUGUGAUCAUAGUCAAAGGAAGUCUGUCGGCCAUGCGCUUUCUCACCGCCGUGAGCAUGACGCACCCCGAGAUGCUGGAGAAAGUGUCCAGGGAGCUCUGGAUGCGUGUCUGGUCGCGGGAUGAAGACAUCACGGAGCCCCAGAGCAUCACCGCCGCUGCAGAGAAGGCCGGCAUGUCUGCCGAACAGAUCCGGAAGCUGCUCGAUAUGAUCGCCACAGCAGAGGUGAAGAACCAGCUGAAGGAGACCACCAAGAAAGCCUGUGAUUACGGGGCCUUUGGGCUGCCCGUCACCGUGGCCCAUGUGGAUGGCAAGACCCACAUGCUGUUUGGCUCGGACCGCAUGGAGUUGCUGGCGUUCCUACUGGGAGAGAAGUGGAUGGGCCCCGUGCCUCAAGCCGCCAGUGCCAGACUGUAAGGAUGCUGGAGGAAAGGAAGGACUGGGAUGCCAAGCAGACCAUCUGCUUGUCCCUUCUCCACCAAGGGGCACCAGGACGCUCGUUCCCCCCACCCCACUCUGUCAUGCCAUAUGGGGGUUACUCAGGGAGAGGCUUCUGUGAGGCGAUGUCUUCCUCCGACUCUCACGGAUGCUUCAGUUCCAUGCCUCCCAUUCUCAAGGGCCAUGGAUGUGACGUUCCCACCAAAUAAAUCUCAUGCCUUGUAGGUGUUA